AUCGUUCUAAAGUCUGGACUUAGGAGGAAGAGAGGCUGUAGUGAAGAGCUGUAGAGAGAUCAGGGCAGAGCUGUGCAGAUUAUUAGGAGACUCUUUAUUUCUUGCUCUCUUGCUGAACAGGGAAGCUGCCGCCAUGCCGAUGUUUGUGGUGAACACUAACGUGGGGAAGGACGUGGUUCCUGCAGAUCUAAUGUCGCAGCUCACAGAGGAGCUCGCCAAGGCGAUGGGCAAACCUGCCAAUUACAUCGCUGUGCAUAUCAUUCCUGAUCAGAUGAUGAUGUUUGGGGGCAAAUCGGAUCCCUGCGCUCUCUGCUCCCUCCACAGCAUUGGAAAGAUCGGUGGCUCACAGAACAAGCAGUAUUCCAAACUGCUGAUGGGUAUACUCAAUAAACAUCUUGGCAUUUCACCGGACAGGAUCUACAUAAACUUUUUUGACAUGGAUGCAGCAAAUGUGGCCUGGAACAACUCCACCUUUGGUUAAAGGAUCUGGAGAACUUCCCAUCUCACCCCUUCAGCUACAGAAACAGUAGUCUGUAGAGCACUAAACAAAUAAUAGCUCUCAUCAUACAUGGCACUUAAUAUAGAUUUGCGAAUUUCGGUUUGUAGUGGCUGCAUGCAUAUUCCCCCUUUUUUUAUGAAGGUUAACCUGCUGGCGGUGGAUUUCAGUGCUUCACAAGAAGCACAAUAACUGUAAAAUGUAAUUGUCAAUCUUUUAUCUGUAAAAGAAAAACUGCACAGGUUUUUGCACAUAGUAUUAAGGUAAAUUGACAUGCACACCAAAUAUGAACAGUUAUUCCCUGUAAUAAAGUCUUAAAGAAAACACUGGACAUUUCUUGAGUAUGCAGUUAAAUUGUGGCAUAAGACUCCUAGCAGUAGUUUGUUCUAUAUACAGUAUGUCAUAUGCAACACACUGUCAGAGCUUUGAUAAGGCAAUAAAAUGUUUUGAUCA